CUCUUUCCACCGCAUCAACACCCCCUUUGUGAUUUCUCUCUCUCUAGACUUGAAACCCUAGCGUUGGCCUAUUUUCGUCAUUUUAUAUUUUGAUUAUGGAAGAGGUUAGUAAUAAUAAGAAACGAGUUCGUGAUGACUCGUACGAGUCGGACUCUGACUCGCCGGAGGUGAAGAGACUCAGAGAUGAUCUCUUCUGCAAUCUCGACGACUCAGAUCUGUGCACGAUGAGUCCCGAUCUGGACUCCUUCAUGAAGAGCUUUGAGGUAGAGAUAACUGCUUCGCCGCCGGUGACGGUGGUGGAUCUGACGUCAGAUUCCGGCGAGUCUCAGCCGGAUCUAGGUUUCCUUCUCGAAGCUUCCGACGACGAGCUUGGUCUUCCUCCGUCGAAUACGACGGCGAGCGACGAAGAGGUCGUUGAGUUGGUGCGAGUUUCGUCUGACUCGUCGACCGAGUUCAGUGAGAUGUGGAGGUUUGAUGAUCAGAUCCUGAGUUAUGACUCGUUCGAAUUUGGAAUCGCCGGCGAGGAGAACUAUAAUCGCGAUGAGAACGGCGAGUAUGUGGCGUUAGAUGGAUUGUUUGAUUAUUCAGAUCCGAGUUUUGGAUUGGCUGAUUCGUCGGUGGCUUUGUGGCGGCCGGAGACGAUGCCGGCGGCGCAGUAGUACAGGCCACAAGUUUUAAUUUUAAUGAAAAUUAUAAAAAUAUUUGUAAAGUUUUUUAUUUGUUAAUUUAUUUAUGGUUCUAAUUAAAAAUAGAAAUUAAGAUAUAUUAUAGGUAGGAGUGGAAAAUGACAAAGCCAGAAAGCUACGGAGAUAUUUGUUGAUUUUGACUUUUUAUUUAUUUAUUUAUAUAAUUUAUUAAUGAAGAAAAGCUGCAAGACGCAUCUCCUCACAAAUUAACGCCGAA